CAGAUCGUGUUUUUAUUGUUCUAUAGAAACGUGGCCCGUGCGCUUGGCCACCUUUUGGAAACCUUUGCGCAUCGGUUGAGUGCAAAAUCUUGCUGUUUAUUUUAAUAAUUUAACAAAUAGUGCCAAGGUGUGAGAAAAACUUACAAACAUAAUAUAAUAGAGAUCGUUACGAAAAUAUACAAUAAACAAAAUCAAAAUGCAAGCGUGUAGAAAAAAAAGAGCUGCGGGCGAUUCAGCGUCGAUCUUGUGGAGUAGACUCUUUGUGGCCAGCCUCUGUGGAUUUCUGCUGCUUGGCAUUCAAAUUGAGCGUGCGGCGUCAGCGCCUGCAGGCGAGGAUGAUGCAGCAGCCACGAUGAUGCCAGCGUUGGAUAUAACAACUGAGGCUGCUGCUGCUGCUGCCUCCACAAACUCCACAACAACGACAACAACGACGUCAGCAACGGCAACAACAAUUGGCGUAGAACAAAGCAGCGAGUCGACUGCGACGUCGACUGCGACGGCAACGGCGACUGCGACCAUAUUGGAUAGUUCAACGACUCUAGGAGCGAACAAAUUGAACGCAAGCGAAGCUGAACAAACCACAAUGCCGGCUGCAGUAGUUGUUAGCAGCAUUACCAACAGUUCGGAUGGGGAGGAAACUACAUUGCGUUCCACGAGCAUUGAGCCCAUUACGUCCACGGAACCAACAACUACGCCGCGUGUUGAGAGCGAAGCUGCCGAACAGCCGCUGAUUGUCCAUCACACGGAAGCAGAUCACACGCACAUCCAGCACAUUCCAUUGCGGGAUGAGCAUGCAGAGAAUGUUGGCGAUGAUCCCACCACGGAGCAGCAACAUCUACACGAAGAGGAACGAGAUCAAUUGCAGCAUCAGCAUCAACAGAAUGAGCUGUUGCUCAAUCAAAUUUCCAAUGAGAGCGAUGAUAAUGAUGCCAAGGAUUUGAAUAAUUUCCGACAUCCGGCGACGCUGAUAACGGCCAGCAACAGUGAGGAGAAUGAGCAGACAACCAGUGAGAAUGAAAGUGGCAGCGACAAGUCUGCGAUCACAACAACAACAACAACAACAACCAGCACAACAACAACAACAGCAAUGCCGACAACAACAGCUGCAGCAGCGACAACAAGUGAAUCAGAAGAUCCCUAUCAUGUGCAUAUACUGUCCGAGAAUCAUGAUCGCCUGGCCGAGCACGAAGAUUAUCAAAUGCUGUCAAGCAGCACCGAGGAGGCCGAGCCAGCAGCAGCAGCAACAACAACGACAGCGACGAUGACUACAUCAACAACAACUGAAUCGAGUGCUGACAUUAUUGUCAGUAUGGAGAACAAGGCAACGGCCCAGUCAGCGGCUGAGACGACAUCAACGUCCCGAGCACGCGCCAUGAAUAUGAAUGAGCCCGAAAGUCAGCCACAGUCCGAGGUGGAGGCGAAGACGGAGACAAUGCUGGUGGCUGAGGCAGAGGGCACCACAGUCAUGCCGCAGCACGAACUGGAUGCGGUUACAGUGAUUAACAUUGUUGAAGGACAGCAUUAUGUGCAGCACCCAAACGAGGACGAAACGAGCCGCACCAGCAGCAGUAGCACAACAGCAGCAACAACAACAACAACAGCAGCAACAACAACAACAACAGCAGCAACAACCGAUUCGCCAUUUGUGGUGUUUGCCGGUGAGGGUCGCUCGGCGGGCGGCAGCGAUGAAGAUGCUGAUGUGCUGUUCCGUCACAAUGCUACAAAGAUGCACGAGGCGCUUAUGGAUCUCAGCAAUGUCAGCAUGGACGAGGAGCGCACUGAGAUAAUUACAACUACUGCUGCAUCUCCAUCUGCAUCUGCAUCUGCAACAACAUCAACUUCCACUGCGACUCCAACGACAACAUCGACAACGACUCAACCGGAAACGGAAGUGCCAAAAAUCGUGGAAAUCACAGCCAGCGGCGAUACGAUGCAUCGCGAAUGUUUGGCCAACAACAGGAGCUAUAAGCAUGGAGAGAGCAUGGAAAGGGACUGCGAUGAGCGUUGCACCUGCAACCGUGGUGAGUGGAUUUGUGAGCCACGCUGCAAGGGUGCCACAUAUCCGCGUGGCAGUCAACGCACCAUGGCCAAUCCACAUUGCCACGAGCGCCUAGUGGAGGAAGACGAAUGCUGCCGAAUGAUGGAAUGUGACGAACCACUGCUGGAGCCCAGUGUGGCAACAUCCGAUUUGGGCACCAUGCCAACCAAUGCAUCUGGUGAACAAAACGAAGGGAUCACGCCAAAGCCACGCAAUGACUGCCAUUACCAAGGUAGCGUUUACAAGUUCCGGGAGCGUUUGGAGAUUGGCUGCGAGCAGAUCUGUCAUUGUGACGAGGGUGGCAUCAUGAACUGCCGGCCCCGGUGUCCGGAGCGCAAUUAUACGCGAGCGGACAAGUGUGUCUACGUGAAGGAUCCCAAGGAUGUCUGCUGCCAGCUGGAGCUGUGCGAUGUCACGCUCGAUGAUCAUGAGCAACAGCAGCCGCUGGCUCCGAUUCCAUUGUCGCAUGGUGGUCAGAAUAGCAUUGGAGAUGAACAUGAACAUGAGCAGGAGCGGGAGCGUAGCUUUGGCUUGGAGCAGCAGGCACGCGAUGCUGGCGGUGCUGGCGGUGCCACGUCCAUUUGCUCAUUUAAGGGUAUGCAGUAUGAGUUGGGUCAACAGUUCCGCGAUGGCUGCGAACAGUUGUGCAUCUGCAAUGAGCAGGGCGUCCACUGUGCCAAGGUCGAGUGUCCCUCGACCUUUGGCCUGGACGUGCUCAAUCCGCACUGCAUACGCUGGGAGCCGGUGCCGGCGAACUUUAAGCCAGUGGCGCCACAUUGCUGUCCGGAGAGCAUGCGUUGCAUGGACAACGGCACCUGCACAUAUCAGGGCAUGGAAUUUGAGAACUGGUCACCCAUUCCAGCCAAUCUGACGGGUUGUGAGAAGCAUUGCUACUGCGAAAAUGGCAAGGUGGAGUGUCGUCCCGCCUGCCCACCAGUGCUGGCACUGCCUCCGGCAGAUUUACCCUGCCAUCCGGCACAAGCGCGUCUCCUGCCCAUACCCGAUGAUGAGUGCUGCAAGCACUGGACCUGUGCACCGCUGGCACCCAAGCUAGGUGCCGCCGGUCAGGCGCAGGAGGAUGAGGGACAAGAUCAACAAAAGCAGCCGGCUAGUCAAUCCUCAGCGCCUAAUGAAACAACAACAACAACAACGACAACCACAUCAACAGCGACAGCGACAGCAACGACGACAACAGCACCAACUGAUAACACAGUGUUCCAUGAGAAGACCAUGGAUCUUGAAUAUGACAAGAAAUCGCAGCUAAAUGCCUUUUAUCCAACAUUGGAUGGCAAACCACCCAAAUUGGGUGGCGGCGUCUUUGAGAAACACGACAAAUUGCACAAGAAGACCCAGCAGCAACAGCAGCAACAGCAACAACAACAGCAGAAAAAGAAUGAUAUCAAGUACGAUGUGCACGAGGAUCAGCAUGAGGACGAUGUGAACAAUGGAGCACCAUUGCCGCCAGGCGGUUUUGUGCCAUUGCAGCUGGGUGGCCACUAUAACGACUAUCAGCAGCAGCUUCAGCACCAACAACAGCAUCAGCAACAGCAUCAGCAACAACAUAUUGGCCCCUAUGGCUUCUAUAAUCCUGCGAAGCCCGUCUAUGAUGCCUACAAUCCCUACGAGCCAUACGACAUCAAUCCAAAUGGAAUACCGCAGGGCAAACCACCACCGGCACCCACUAGUCAAUCGGAUCUAUUCAAUAUCCUGGGCGCUGAACCGAACGGACAAUCGUUGCCACAAAAGGACAAUCACAAUCUGAGAAUUGAACAGAUUCUACAGCAUUUGCAGCAGAGCGUGCCAGGCGGACCGGGAGCAACAUCACAACAGCAGCAACAGCAACAUCAACACCAGCAGCAGCAACAGCGACCACUGCCUCCACAUUAUGUGCCAAUUGUGCACAGUGGAGUGCCACCUCCACCACCGCCACACGGCAUUGCCAUUGUCGAUGGUCAGCCAGUGGCAUAUGAGAGCUAUCCGCUGGUACCUGGCCUGGGUGUGCCACCAGGACUGUUACAUCCCCAGCAGCAACAACAUUCCCAGCAACAGCAGCAGCAGCAGCAGCAACAACAAAAGCAGCAACAACACGAAUCACUGCAACAACUGCCAAGCAUUAUGCCCAGUUCGAGCACCAGCUCUGGGUUAUCCACCCAGGCCAGUGAGCACAGCCUGCAUCAGAGUCAGAAUCAGAGCUCGGACAAGCGGCCAACCCAGCAAGCAGGUUUCAACAAUCUGCAGCCAGAUAUUGAGGUGCACACACUGGAGGCCAUUGAUCCGCGAACGAUUCACAUUUUAUUCACCGUGCCACAGGUCUAUGUGAAUCUGCACGGACGUGUUGAGAUGCGUUAUACGAAUGGGCCAAGUAAUGAUACUUCCACGUGGGAGCAACAGAUAUUUGCACCGCCCGAAGAUCUGAUUGCCACCUCGGAAAUGGAAUUCGAUUUGCCAUUCCUCGAGCCCAAUUCGCUGUACAAGGUGAAGAUCACACUGAUUCUGCGCGAUCUCAAUACGCAGCCAACGAGCAAAGUGUACACGGUGAAGAUGCCAGCGGAACGAGUGAUUACGCCACCCCCACAUGUAUCCGACUACAGACCCGACUUCCAGGAUAUAUUCAAGACCGUCGAGGAUCCCGAGCUGAAUGUGGGCGAAACGAACUCCACAUGGCUGCAGCUCACCUGGAAGAAGCUGGCCGAUGAGCAGCUGGAGUAUGUGGAUGGAGUACAGUUGCGCUACAAGGAGCUCACUGGCAUGAUCUAUUCCUCUUCGCCGCUGAUUCACCGCGCCCUCACCAGCUACACCAUACAGAAUCUGCAACCGGAUACGGGCUACGAGAUUGGACUCUACUACAUUCCAUUUGCGGGCCAUGGAGCCGAGCUGCUCGCUGGACAUAUGAUCAAGGUGCGCACCGCGCCCAAGGUGGAUGUCUACGGAUUCGAGGUGACUGUGAAUGUGACGAAGGUUAAGACGCAGAGUGUGGAAAUCUCAUGGAAUGGUGUACCCUAUCCGGAGGACAAAUUCGUGCACAUCUAUCGCGCCAUCUAUCAGAGCGAUGCCGGCAAGGAGGACUCCAGCGUGUUCAAGGUGGCCAAACGAGAUAGCACAACGGGUACCCUGAUCAUGGACCUCAAGCCAGGCACCAAGUAUCGCCUUUGGCUGGAAAUGUAUCUCACCAAUGGCAACACCAAGAAGAGCAAUGUCGUCAAUUUUAUUACGAAACCAGGUGGUCCAGCGACGCCGGGCAAGACGGGCAAACUCCUUACCGCUGGGGUUACUGAUCAACCCGUUGGCGACUACUAUGGUCCACUUGUGGUUGUUUCUGUGAUUGCCGCCCUGGCGAUAAUGUCAACGCUGGCGCUGCUGCUGAUCAUAACCAGGAGGCGAGUGCAUCAAACGGCUUCGAUUACACCGCCGCGGAAGAGCGAUGCUGCCUACGACAAUCCCUCAUACAAAGUCGAGAUACAGCAGGAGACGAUGAAUCUGUAACGGGCCGAUGGGCUGAUGGGCAAUACUCAACUCUCCCAAACUUAGCUUAGAACAAUGUUCAUGUAAAUACUUAAAACAAAAAGAAAAACUCAAACUCAGUGUCAGUAAAAAUGAGAAGAAAAUGAUUUUCAGUUCCCCGGCGCAGGAUUUUCAAAAAACAAAAAAAAAAGAAUCAAAAAUAGAAACGAAAAAAUGUCCAGACUAAAAGGCCGCCAUGUUGUAUGUAGUGAUUAAGGAAUCUUUUAAACGAACUAAACAUUUCUUUUGUUAAACAAUUGUAACUUGUGUAUAUAGAGACUAAAUAGAAGAGAACACUGAAAACUCCCAAGAAAAGAAAAAAACCAAUUGGCCUCGCCUGGGGCGUGUGAAAUGUUUGCGCAAUUCUUCUAGCGAUUUCUAAAUGCAUAGUUAGUUUAACUUGUAAAUUUUAGCUUUACACGUACAUAAUAUAUAUACCGUAAUUUAAGAGCGAACAACAGCAGUUCUUCAAGUAACAGUCCAUAAAUAUUUAAAAUAGCUUGUAAACGUACAGAGAUAUGCAAACUUAUGAAUAAAUAAAAUAUUAAAAAU